CCAGCCCAUCCGUCCCUCGGCUCAUUGUCCCCCCCAAAACAGGUCGGCGGCGUCAUGUCAUGGGUUCCUCCGCGCCUCCGUGUGCAGCCUUAUAUCUCACCUCCGGCGCAGGUGCCCAGCCUCGCUCACGGCUUGCUUUCUUUCUCCCUCUUUUCCCCGAUGCCCGAGCAGUGAGCCCGCAUCGAAUCCAGCGUGGAACCUGGUGCGACCGGCGAGCCGACGCCAGACGACGACGACGACGACGAUAGACGGCGGCCGGCGUGGCGCGUGUGCGACGACCGAGUCGAGUCGAGCCCCGGCCCUGCCCACUGCAGGUUACCUAUACUGCCCUUAUAGGGGUCUUACCUGCCUGUGCUCCAGCGCGCUCUCGAGGUUCGGCUGCUUGCGACGCCAAAUGACGUUUGGACUCGCCUGCCGCAACCACCUCUCAGUGCCUGCAGCAGGCCAGCGCAACGCGCCUUAAUGGCUGCAAUUGUGAGUCCAUCCGGGAGCCUGCGAAUUGGUUCUUCCGCCGUCGCCUCCUCCCCCCUCCCUCUGAUCUUCCCGUCUUCGCCACGUCACGACCCGCUACCACUGUCACGCUUGACGAUAUUCUUUGUUUUCUCCCCUCCCGCUUCCCUCCUUUCUUCCCGUCUAGCGCGCCCGAAUCUUGAGGGGCGGAGCAUGUGAUGUCAUGUUCUAGCCGCCCAGAGCUGGGUGGGCUUGCAACGUCGUCGUCACCAGGAGCUGAGCCGCGCGCGACGCUUCACGCUCGCUCCACGGCGCCUCGUCGCGUUGCCCGUGGGCGGGCUUGUGCCACCAUUCCUCAUCCUCCGUACUACCUCUUCUCGUACCUCGCCAUCCACCGCCCGACAUCCCUUGCUAACGUGUCCGCGCCGGCAAGGACUCCCCGUGGCUAUCGGAAGUUGGCGCGCCAAUGUCUGCCCGCGACGACGCCUCGACAGGCACCGGGCCCUCCAACCUCGAAUCCCGGAGCUCGACCGGCCUCCCUCCGACCUUUGCCGCCUUCUCCCCCGUCACUCUCUCCGCCAACACGCCCUCGCGAUCCGCCCGCCGCUCCACUAUCCUCGUCCACCAGAAGAGCCCGCUUCUGCUCGCCACGCCGCCUCAGGUCACCCGCGCGCUCGCCUACAGCCAUCCGUUCUUGCUGCCGCUCAACAAGUUUGUCGGCCUGCUGACAUGGAGCACCGGCGAUCCUUGGCAGAGCUUCCUCCUGCUCUCCGCCUUCUGGGCUGUUUGCUUGUACGGUGACAUUCUCGUCAAGCGCGCGGGACCCAUCGUCGUUGGCAUCGGCCUCAUCGUCGGCAUGUAUGGGAGGCGAUAUAGUCCCCUCAGCACAAGCGGCUGGAGCGAACCUGCGCGUGAGGUGAAGGAUGGGGCCAAGUCGCAGGGAGGCUCGUCUGGCAGCUCCGGACAGCCAAAGAACGCCCAGUCCGGCGCCGGACAGCGCUCCAAGCAUACGAGAGCCCAGUCCGAAGUCACUAACACAAAACACCAGAAGACGCUCGACGAGAUCGUUGAGACGCUCAAGGAAUUUACCAGCCGGUGCAACGUCCUCAUGGAGCCGCUCAUCGAAAUGACCGAUUUCUUGAGCACCCAGCGAACGCCAACAAGCGCUACCACAAAACCCGCCCUGACGGCCAUGUUCCUCCGACUUCUCAUCAUCACACCAUUCUGGCUCGCACUGACGAUGCCUCCAUUGCGAGUCAUCACCACCAGACGCGUCGUCCUCGUCGCCGGAACCCUGGCCCUGACAUGGCACGCGCGGGUGAUGCGCGUGGCGAGGACAAUCAUCUGGAGGAGCGCCAUGGUUCGGCGUGUGGCGUCGGCCAUCACUGGGCUGCGCUUUGACGGCCCGACUAAAGCGAAGAAGUCGGCCAGGUUCGAGGCUGAGCUCGCCCGAGCGAAGAGCAAUCCAAGCAUCAAGGUCAACGGGCGAGAGACCCGGAGCUCUGGAGUCAAGUUUACAUUCAUCAUCUACGAGAACCAGCGCCGAUGGAUCGGCCUUGGAUGGACGUCUAGCUUGUUCGCGUAUGAGCGACCCGCCUGGACGGAUGAACACAACAGCACCGUUCCCCACAAGGACGAAUUUGACUUGCCAGAUGUUGAGGACGGGAGUAACAUGAGAUGGCAAUGGGUCGAUGGCAGCAGAUGGAGGGUCGACGGCGUGCCGGACGAACAGGGCCCCAUCGAGUACGACGGCGAUGAGGGCAAGAAUGGCUGGAUAUACUAUGACAAUAAGUGGCAAAAUGGCCGUAGAGGAAUCGACGGCUGGGGAAAAUGGACGCGCCGACGGAAGUGGUACCGCGACGCCGAGCUUGUGGAAGUAGAUGAGACCGAGGCUCAGCAGCCAGCAACUGCAACUGCCGAGAACGGAUCCACAUCUGAGGGAUACAGUACUACGGGGGAGAAGAUGGUGCCGACGCGCGCCGAGCCGUCACUACCCGGCCCUGACUCGACGAUUGCCGAUGAUUCCAGUGCAAAGACUAUGGACGACUCGGCCUCUGUACACUCGACGUCGUCCAGAUCUUCUUUCUGGCCGUCGCUGAGGAGGCGGAACCCGGCCGAGUCGAAAGGGCGGGUCCCUGUAGAAAAGGAAAGGUCGAGAAGGCUAAGCGAGGUAACGAGCGAGCCGUCAAACGAGGAAGACACGACCAGCCUGGGGCGUGAAUUGGAGAUUGAACUGCAGAAGCAGGGCAAGGAUGGAGGGCAGUGGGGGAUAGGGGACGAGGCGAGAAUGAACCUCGAAUGAGUACGAAUACCACCAACCUAAG